AUGUGCUUUGAUUCUGUUAUUUGUAUUAACUACUGUGUUGCUCUGCUAGUCUGCAAGUUUGUUGGGAGCUUUGAAGCGGCCCUGAGGGAGCAGAGAAGUGGGCAAAAUGAUGAUGAUGAUGUGAUGAAAGCUGCCCUCGAUAUCUUCUACAAUGACUACUCCAUCAAGUUCACCCUUGAACAUGCGUGGAGGGAGCUGAGGCAUGACAAGAAAUGGUGCUCCACCUUUCUCGCUAAGGACAAUGUGAAGGACAAGCACAAACAAGCGUUGGAGGUUGAUGGAGAAGAGGCAGUGGGAGCUGGAGAGGCUAGACCUAUUGGUGUCAAGGCUGCUAAAGCUUCUAUUAAGAGAAAGAAAAGUGGUAGAGAAGAGGAGUUGGAGAAGAUUCACGGCAUUAUGGAAAUGAAAGACAAGAUAUCUAAACGCAAAGUGCUUGAGCGUUUACUUGCCAAAACUGAUCCACUAUCUGAGAUGGAAACAUCUUUAAAACUGAAACUUAUGUCUGAGAUGUUAUGA